AUGGUGAUUGUUACCAGAGGUGAUUACAUAUGGAUCGAGCCGGUUUCCGGACGCGAGUUCGAUGUCGCCAUCGGGGCUCGCGUGCUCGCCGCGGAGGGACGACGCAUUCGCGUUCGCGACGACGACGGCCACGAGCAAUGGCUGCCGCCGGAGAGACGCAUCAAAGCAAUGCACGCCACCUCCGUGCAUGGCGUCGAGGACAUGAUCUCCUUGGGCGACCUCCACGAAGCCGGUAUAUUAAGGAACCUGCUCAUCCGAUACAAUGACAACCUCAUUUAUACAUAUACGGGUUCAAUAUUGGUGGCAGUGAAUCCCUACCAAAUAUUACCAAUUUAUACAGCAGACCAAAUCAAGUUAUACAAGGAGAGAAAGAUCGGAGAACUACCACCGCAUAUCUUUGCUAUUGGUGACAAUGCGUAUGCACACAUGCGUCGCUAUAGUCAGGAUCAAUGCAUUGUUAUCAGUGGAGAAUCAGGCGCAGGAAAGACUGAAUCAACAAAGUUAAUUUUGCAAUACCUCGCCGCUAUAAGUGGUAAACAUUCUUGGAUAGAACAACAGAUUUUAGAGGCAAAUCCCAUCUUAGAAGCAUUUGGUAACGCAAAAACUGUACGAAAUGAUAAUUCGUCGCGAUUUGGUAAAUAUAUCGAUAUUCAUUUCAACAACAACGGUGUAAUUGAAGGAGCAAAAAUAGAACAAUAUUUGUUAGAAAAAUCUAGGAUAGUAUCUCAAGGCAAAGAUGAAAGAAACUAUCAUGUAUUUUAUUGCCUAUUGGCGGGACUGUCGAGAGAUGAAAAGAAGAAAUUAGAAUUAACCGAACCGUCAGAAUAUCGAUAUUUAUCUGGGGGCGGAAGUUUUACAUGUGAAGGCAGAGAUGACGCUGCUGAAUUUGCAGAUAUUCGGUCUGCAAUGAAAGUACUAUUAUUUACAGAAGCAGAAAUAUGGGAAAUAUUAAAAUUACUUGCAGCGGUACUUCACUGUGGAAAUAUAAAAUACGAAGCAACUGUUGUUGAUAAUUUAGAUGCAACAGAAAUAAUAGAACAAGCGAAUGUUAAAAGAGUUGCUAAUUUGUUGGGCGUACCAACGCAAACUCUUAUCGAUGCUCUGACUAGAAAAACAUUAUUUGCUCACGGAGAAACUGUUGUAUCUACAUUAAGCAGAGAUCAAUCUGUAGAUAUUAGAGAUGCCUUUGUUAAAGGUAUUUACGGACGGUUAUUCGUGACUAUUGUUAGGAAAAUAAAUGCUGCAAUUUAUAAGCCGAAAUCUACAACUCGAACGGCUAUUGGUGUCCUCGAUAUAUUUGGUUUUGAAAACUUUGAUCAUAAUAGCUUCGAACAGUUCUGUAUUAAUUUUGCAAAUGAGAAUCUACAACAGUUUUUCGUUAGGCAUAUAUUUAAAUUAGAGCAGGAGGAAUACAAUCAUGAAGGUAUUAACUGGCAACACAUAGAAUUCGUCGAUAAUCAAGAUGCUUUAGAUUUAAUUGCUUUGAAACAGUUAAAUAUUAUGGCGUUAAUAGACGAAGAAUCGAAAUUCCCAAAAGGUACUGAUCAAACUAUGCUAGCCAAGCUACAUAAAACUCAUGGCUUACAUAGGAACUACCUCAAACCUAAGUCAGAUAUUAACACAAGCUUCGGAUUGAAUCAUUUCGCUGGAAUUGUAUUUUAUGACACGCGAGGCUUUCUAGAGAAAAAUCGCGACACGUUUAGUGCUGAUUUAUUACAGUUAAUUCACAUUUCAACAAACAAAUUCCUACAACAAAUAUUUCAAGAAGACAUAAUUAUGGGAUCAGAAACACGAAAAAGAACUCCGACAUUAUCUACUCAGUUCAAAAAAUCAUUAGAUUUGCUUAUGAGGACUUUAGGAACUUGUCAACCCUUCUUCAUCCGAUGUAUCAAACCCAAUGAGUUUAAGAAGCCUAUGAUGUUCGAUCGUGGGUUAUGUUGUAGGCAACUCAGAUAUUCUGGAAUGAUGGAAACGAUUAGGAUUAGACGGGCUGGAUAUCCAAUUAGACAUAGUUUUAAGGAAUUUGUCGAAAGAUACAGAUUUCUGAUAUCAGGUGUACCGCCAGCACAUAAAACCGAUUGUCGGGCUGCGACUGCGAAGAUAUGCGCAACUGUGCUUGGUAAAUCUGAUUACCAGCUAGGUCACACCAAAGUAUUUUUGAAAGAUGCUCAUGAUUUAUUCCUUGAACAAGAAAGAGAUAGAGUGCUCACUCGAAAAAUACUCAUAUUGCAAAGAUCUAUUCGUGGAUGGGUGUAUAGAAGACGGUUUUUGAAAAUGAGGGCAGCUGCGAUUUUGAUACAGCGGCACUGGAGAGGAAAGUUGCAGAGAAUCCGUUACAACAAGAUGAAGGUUGGGUACGCAAGAUUGCAAGCAUUGAUACGCGCCAGAGUUUUGGCUCACCGCUUUAGACAUUUGCGCGGGCAUAUAGUUUCAUUGCAAGCGGCUGCACGUGGUUAUCUAGUACGUCGUUCAUACGGUCACAAGAUGUGGGCCAUAGUGAAGAUACAAACUCAUGUAAGAAGAUUAAUAGCAAUGCGACGUUAUCGACGACUAAAACAAGAAAUGAAAGCGCAUAACGAAGCGUUGCGCCUGCGCAGACAGGAGGAGCAGCGGCUGCAGCACCAGGGCAAUACUCGCGCUAAGGAGAUCGCGGAACAAAAUUAUAGGGAACGCAUGUACGAACUGGAAAGACGCGAAGCUGAAUUAGUUCUAGAAGAAAAGCGGCAGCUAGAGGCUAAAAGAACAUUAUUGCAAGAAGCAGCUCGUAAACAAGACGAACCGGUGGAUGAUAGUAAAUUAGUGGAAGCUAUGUUUGAUUUCCUUCCCGACUCUAGUAGCGAGGCUCCGGCUCCCAAAGACACAUCUGUAUUUAGUGAUUUACCACAACAAAGAGCUGAUCAACAAGAGAUGGUGACACCAAUGCAAACGACCUCAGAGGAUGAAGAAGAUUUGUCUGAGUUCAAGUUCCAAAAGUUUGCAGCAACAUAUUUCCAAGGAAAUGUCACGCAUCAAUAUUCGAGAAAACCCUUAAAACAUCCGUUAUUACCAUUACAUACACAAGGAGAUCAAUUGGCCGCUCAAGCAUUAUGGAUAACAAUUUUACGUUUUACUGGAGACUUAGCCGAGCCCAGAUACCACACAAUGGACAGAGAUAAUACGUCAGUAAUGUCUAAAGUUACUGCAACACUUGGCCGAAAUUUUAUAAGAUCUAAAGAAUUCCAAGAAGCGCAAAUGAUGGGAGUUGACCCUGAUGCGUAUAUGAAUAAACAAAAACCAAGAUCUAUAAGGCAUAAGUUGGUUUCAUUAACGUUAAAGAGGAAAAAUAAACUCGGGGAAGAUGUCAGAAGAAAACUACAGGAUGAAGAAUAUACAGCAGACAGUUAUCAGUCGUGGUUAGAGUCACGGCCUACAUCAAAUUUAGAGAAGCUUCAUUUUAUUAUAGGCCACGGUAUCCUCAGGGCAGAACUGAGGGAUGAAAUAUACUGCCAAAUAUGUAAACAAUUAACAAACAAUCCAUCUAAAUCGUCUCAUGCUCGUGGAUGGAUUUUACUUUCAUUGUGUGUUGGUUGUUUUGCUCCCAGUGAGAAAUUUGUGAAUUACCUUAGAGCCUUCAUUAGAGAAGGUCCUCCUGGUUAUGCACCUUACUGCGAGGAUAGACUUAAGAGAACCUUUAAUAAUGGUACAAGAAAUCAGCCACCAUCGUGGUUAGAGCUUCAAGCAACAAAGUCUAAAAAACCUAUAAUGUUACCAAUCACUUUUAUGGAUGGUAAUACAAAAACUUUAUUAGCUGACUCAGCGACAACUGCAAGAGAACUUUGUAAUCAAUUGUCGGAUAAAAUUGGACUUCGAGAUCAAUUUGGAUUUUCAUUAUAUAUUGCACUGUUUGAUAAAGUAAGUUCACUAGGUAGUGGUGGUGAUCAUGUUAUGGAUGCUAUAUCGCAGUGCGAACAAUACGCCAAAGAACAGGGUGCACAAGAACGAAAUGCUCCGUGGCGGUUAUUCUUCAGAAAAGAAAUAUUUGCUCCAUGGCACGAUCCCACAGAAGAUCAAGUAGCAACAAAUUUAAUUUAUCAACAAGUCGUUAGAGGAGUAAAGUUCGGAGAAUACAGGUGCGAUAAAGAAGAAGAUUUAGCUAUGAUAGCCGCUCAACAGUAUUAUAUUGAAUACGGUCAAGAUAUGAAUGCAGAACGACUUUAUACUUUGCUACCGAAUUACAUUCCAGACUAUUGUUUAACUGGUGUAGAAAAAGCUGUUGAUCGUUGGGGUGCUCUGGUAGUUCAAGCAUACAAAAAGAGUUACUAUGUUAAAGAAAAAAUUCCUACUUAUAGAGUAAAAGAAGACGUAGUAAGUUACGCGAAGUUCAAAUGGCCUCUAUUGUUCUCUAGAUUUUACGAAGCAUAUAGAAAUUCUGGGCCUAACUUGCCUAAGAAUGAUGUAAUAAUAGCAGUAAACUGGACCGGUGUAUACGUCGUUGACGAUCAAGAACAAGUUCUACUUGAACUUUCGUUCCCUGAGAUAACAACGGUUUCAAGUCAAAAAACUAACAAGGUAUUCACACAAACAUUUAGUUUAUCCACAGUUCGCGGUGAAGAAUUCACCUUCCAAAGUCCUAAUGCUGAGGAUAUUCGUGAUUUAGUUGUUUAUUUCUUAGAAGGCUUAAAGAAAAGAUCUAAAUAUGUUAUUGCAUUACAAGAUUACAAAGCACCCGGAGAAGGUUCUAGUUUUUUGACUUUCCAAAAGGGUGAUUUGAUAAUUUUAGAAGAAGAUAGUACAGGAGAGUCAGUUCUGAAUAACGGAUGGUGUAUCGGUCGAUGUGAAAGAUCCAUGGAAAGAGGUGAUUUUCCUUCGGAAACUGUUUAUGUUUUACCCGCUCUAACCAAACCGCCCCCCGAUAUAUUAGCUUUAUUCUGUCAAGAAGGUGCCCAACAUGGAAGACGACCCCCUACUAGCACAUUUAAUGGUACAGAAUCUAGAGAUAAACCUCAUAAUUUGCUAGAAUAUGCUCUAGAUCACUUUAGAUUACCACCAAAACGAACAACGUCUAAAGGACUAACACUAUCGACUGCAAAAAGAGGCGCCGAAGAAUUGUGGAGACAUUCAAGAGAGCCAAUAAAACAACCUUUGCUAAAGAAAUUGCAAGCCAAAGAGGAAUUAGCCGAAGAAGCUUGUUUUGCCUUUACAGCUAUACUCAAGUACAUGGGCGAUCUCCCUUCAAAACGACCCCGUAUUGGAAAUGAAUAUACUGAUCACAUUUUUGACGGUCCGCUUAAGCAUGAAAUUUUGAGAGAUGAAAUAUAUUGUCAAAUAAUGAAACAACUGACAGACAACAGAAACAGAAUGUCGGAAGAAAGAGGCUGGGAAUUAAUGUGGUUGGCCACUGGGUUGUUUGCUUGUAGUCAAGGUCUACUUAGAGAACUAACGUUAUUCCUUAGAACUAGAAGAUAUCCAAUUGCCCAAGAUUCUUUACAAAGACUUCAAAAGACAUUACGCAAUGGGCAAAGAAAAUAUCCCCCUCACCAAGUUGAAGUAGAAGCAAUACAACACAAAACAACCCAAAUAUUUCACAAAGUCUAUUUCCCAGAUGACACAGAUGAAGCGUUUGAGGUAGAUUCGUCUACGAGAGCAAAAGACUUCUGUCAAAAUAUAGCACAGAGGCUGAAUCUCAGAUCUAGUGAAGGCUUUAGUUUAUUUGUUAAAAUAGCUGAUAAAGUGAUAUCUGUACCAGAAGGCGACUUUUUCUUCGACUUUGUUCGUCAUCUUACCGACUGGAUUAAAAAAGCCAGACCGACGAGGGACGGCAUUACACCACAAUUUACGUAUCAGGUGUUCUUCAUGAAGAAGCUAUGGACGAACACAGUGCCGGGCAAAGAUCGCGCCGCAGACGUGAUCUUCCACUUCCACCAGGAGUUGCCUAAACUUUUACGUGGCUACCACCGCUGCGGGCGAGACGAAGCCGCGCGCCUCGCUGCGCUCGCCUAUCGCGCGCGCUUUGGCGAAAACAAGCAAGAGUUGCAGGCGAUCCCACAAAUGCUCCGUGAGUUAAUCCCUGCCGAUCUGGUCAAGCUCCAGAGCUCAGCUGACUGGAAGCGAGCUAUUGUCGCUUCCUACAACCAGGAUGCAGGCAUGACUCCUGAAGACGCGAAGAUCACCUUCCUAAAGGUCAUAUACCGGUGGCCAACGUUCGGCUCGGCAUUUUUCGAGGUGAAGCAAACUACGGAACCCAACUACCCGGAAUUGCUGCUCAUUGCCAUCAAUAAACACGGUGUUAGCUUAAUACACCCACAAUCAAAGGAUAUUCUGGUCACGCAUCCGUUCACGAGAAUUUCAAAUUGGUCAUCUGGCAACACAUACUUUCACAUGACCAUAGGCAACCUCGUACGUGGUUCAAAACUCCUGUGCGAGACUUCGCUUGGAUACAAAAUGGACGAUUUACUCACUUCAUACAUUUCUCUUAUGCUCACUAACAUGAAUAAACAACGGUCCAUGCGAGUGAAAUAAAUUAUUUAGGAUAUGCAUACAGGUACAGAUUGAAAAUACGUAUGAAAUGGAUUGUUUUAACGCGUAGUUAGUUCCCUCGCUUCUUGGUGGAUUAUUUAAUAUCUGUGGAUGCUUGAAUCAAUCGAAUAGAGUUUAAAAUCGAAUACGUUGUUGAGUGUGUUAAAAAUUAAAAUUAAUAAUAUAUAGA